GCCAAUGGGGACGGUGUGAACCUCGCCGACGGGCGGAACCGGAAGUGCCCUUGCCGGCGAGCUCCCGGAGCGAGGCCAUUUGCCAGUUCAGUGUGCCAGUUGCUGAGGUCUUAUCCGGUAAGUCCGCGACAAAACAAUUGAUUAAGCGCCGAAGACGAAGCCACCGCCGCCAUGGUGAAGCUCUUCGUGGGCAACCUGUCGCCCGACACCACGGCCGAGGAGCUGCGCGCCCUCUUCUCCCAGUACGGCAAGAUCUCGGAGUGCGACAUCGUGAAGAACUACGGCUUCGUGCUGAUGGACAGCAAGGCGCAGGCCGACGAGGCCAUCCGCAGCCUGCACCACUACGAGCUCAACGGGCAGCCCAUGAACGUGGAGUUCAGCCGGGGCAAGGCCCGGCCCUCCACCAAGCUGCACGUGGGCAACAUCGGCAGCGGCUGCACCAACCAGGAGCUGCGGGCCAAGUUCGAGGAGUACGGCCCCGUGGCGGAGUGCGACAUCGUCAAGGACUACGCCUUCGUGCACAUGGAGCGGGCCGAGGACGCCAUGGAGGCCAUCAAGGGCCUCAACAACACGGACUUCCAAGGUGAGGGGGCCCGGGGGGAGGCGGGCGCAGUUCUUGUGGUGGGAGAUGCUUUACACAGAGGGUGGCGGGGGUGGGGAACAGGCCGCCCGGCCUUGUGGUCGAAGCUGGUCCUCUCACAGCACAGCCGGGAGAGAUCCUGCAGUCUGGGCAGGAGGCUCUGCCUUACACAAAGGGUGGUGGGGGUGGGGAACAAGCCGCCCAGCCUUGUGGUUGAAGCUGGUACUCUCACAACCAGAGCCAGGCGAGAUCCUCCAGUCUGGGCAGGAGGCUGUGCUUUACAUGAAGGGUGGUGGGGGUGGGGAACAGGCCGCCCAGCCUUGUGGUCGAAGCUGGUACUCUCACAGCACAGCCAGGCGAGAUCCUCCAGUCUGGGCACGGGGCUGUGCUUUACACAGAGGUGGCGGGGGUGGGGAACAAGCCACCCGGCCUUGUGGUCGAAGCUGGUACUCUCACAACCAGAGCCAGGCGAGAUCCUCCAGUCUGGGCAGGAGGCUGUGCUUUACACAAAGGGUGGCGGAGGUGGGGAACAAGCCACCCACGCUUGUGGUUGAAGCCAAUCCCCUUGCUUCCUUUACAAACUGGCUGGAUCAGACCCUCCAGUCUGGACAGGAGGCUGUGCUUUACACAGAGGGUGGUGGGGGUGUGGAACAAGCUGCCCACGCUU